AUGAAAAAGAACAAAAACAGCUUCAGUUUUCGUCGAGGAAGCCUGAAACAGAAGAAAAGCAAUGCCAGUUUGAAUGAAUCUGGCUGGGGAAGCCAGUUAAACCUUCUAAAUGAUGUGCUUUUGGCUCCACAAAUCGUACAAUUUGGCAGUCAGGCUGAUGGUAAGGCCUAUUAGCUUUUCUACUAUUUUGUUACCUAAAAGUUUAAAAACAGCUUCAUAAAAAUAUAAUAUUAACCAUAUCAUAGAUAACAUAAUAACCUUUUUAAACUAAAACUUCAAAAAUUCUUACCUCUAGGCCCCACCAACAACAUAUCCAAGCUAUUAUCCGAAUCUGAAGAUCAACAUCGACCUUUACUUUACUGUGAAAUGCUCCAUCUUUCGUCAUCGAGCUUCAUCGACGAAGAUGUUCAACCUCAUUGGAAUCAAACCAACCGAUGGAUAAAAUACGAACAAACGGUCGAAGGUGAAGGCAGUCGCUUCUCAAAACCUCACCUCACUUUCAUGAGAGUACCAUCCCUACUACAAGUUCGAAACACUUUCAAAAAAGGCGUCGUCCUUCUCGAUGUUGAUGUAGAGAGUUUCUCCAGUCUGGUCGAACUCGUAACCGAUACAUGGUCGGAUCGUGGCUCAUUGGCUGAAAACAUGGUCAGUAACAUAAGGUCGUUGUUGUAUGCCCCAAAACUGUACUCGGGAAUGGGAAAACGUAGAAGAAUUGAAGAGCUUGUUCAAGCUGAGAGUAGGUUGAGAAGUUCAACCACUUCUUCCAUCUCAAACCAUAUUCGAAAGAUCUCGGAUGGCAUUCAAAAUGUUGCCGGAUUGUCGCCGAGAGACAGUAUUGAUGAUCCGAAUAGUCAGAGGUCGGUUUCACCCAAACCUGAAGAUGUAAGUGAGCUUGACAGUGUUGUACUUGAUCUAAAAACAUUGUACAUGAUCUCUUCCUUUAUAAACAUCUAAAAUCUGUUGCUUCUUUGUUAAAAUCAACUUACAACACCACUUAACUUGACGUUUCAGGACGAUCACUUUAUAAAAAAACUAGCACCAGGUACAGAAGCGGCAAUUAUCAUGGUAGCCAAUGUUGAAGGACUUGAAAAGCCGUUGAGCGCCUUUAUUAGACUGAACAAACCCGAGGUAGGUUUAUUGACCAAAUCAACUCUUGUAAAAACUCUUCUUAUAACCUCACCCAGGGGCGUCGCUAGGGGGGGGGGAGUGGAGGGGGCUGGAUGGCUGGAUCCCCCCCCAGAAAAAAUAAAUCGGUAGCGAGUAGCGACGCCCCUGACCUCACCUCGUCAUAGUUAUGGAUAAAGUUUAUAAAGAUCAAUUUAUUUUAUUUGUUAUUCAUUUUUUCAAAAAAAUCUGCAAAAAAUGCGAUCACAAGCUGCGCCCAAUUAUUAUUUUUUUAACUUUCGACAAAAUUUUGUUUUUUUUUUGUUUCGACAAUCCAAAAACAAAAAAUUGUGAGGCAAAACAUCGCUGUAAACUUGUAAAGUACGAAAUUAUUUUUGAAUAUUAAUAUUUAUUUUAGUUUUUCACUUGUUAAUUUUAAAAUAUUAUAACAAAAAAUUAGCGAAUUUUAUCCGAAGCUUGAGUUAUAAACGUUUGAACUUUAGCAAAAACUCGAAAAACUGACGUUUUAUCAUUAAAAACAUACAGUUCUCUAAACUAAACCAAUUUUAUACUUCCAAUUUUCAGGUAUUACAUCCAGAUGUGCCUCAUCACGCAAUUCCAGUCAAGUUUGUGUUCAUUCUUCUCAAUCGUGCUGAGAACUUUGUCAAUGAAACACAAAAUCUCGGCCGAACGAUUGGAGCUCUGUUCUCAGACGAAAUAUUCUCUCGUGUAGCUUAUGUGGCCGAAGACAAAUAUGCGUUGUGUGAUGCAGCUGAUGAGUUCUUCAGUACGGCUUGUUUAUUACCGCCUGGGAAGUGCAACACGGACACACGAUGUCAUCCUGAAGAUUUGAGCACUGAGGAGGUUGAGAAUGGGGAGGUAGGGUUAAAUUGAAAAAUUCUUGUUGUUGAGAUGUUAUUUUAGGUAGAGGAAGAUAAGAAUGGACCAGUUUUUGUUGGAAAUUGGGGGAAAAGUUAAGAUAACAUUAAGAAUCAUAUUAUUAUUGAUAUAGCUUACAAUUGUUAAAAAAUUAUGGUUAAAGCUACAAGAAUAUUGUUUUAAAGUUCAUUUCUAGGCUCGACGUAUCGGAUUAAGCCGUGAAGAUCUCCAACAAACAACUUUACCACCGGAAGGGCAUCCAAAUGAUAUUGUGGUCACGGGGAAACUGUUUGGCGGAUUAGCACAAGAUAUCCAGUAAGUUCAACUUGCGAAAUGCCUUGAGGCUUAUAUAUUUUACUGUAAUUCAAUCUGAUUUCAAAACUUUUGAAGCGAUUUGAGUAUUAAAUUUUGUAAAGCACAAAAAAAACUGUAUUUUUCUUGAAAGUUUCUCGUUUUUACGUUGUGUUUUUGAGAAGUUAUGUUGAAUUGAAAAGGGUGAAGAUCAGAAAAAAUUUAAAAAACCCAUUUUGGCGCUACUCUAAAGAAAUAACCCAGUAUUACUAAUGAAAGCACCCAAUUUUAUCCUAUUUAAGGCACCCAAAAGUAUUCAAAUUUUGCAUGAUCUUGCAAUUUCAUUUUGUUUUUUUUUCCUUUUUUGAAAACGGUCAUUCAUAUUUUAUCGACUGCGUGAGACGGUCGGGUCAGCAUGGAAUCUGACCGUGCUGAUCAUGGAUCCAUCGACUACCUGACAACCUAGGCCAAGAUCAACCACCUUCAAAGAAGUCAUCUUCUAUCGAGUAUAUGAAGGCUUUUACUAUGCUAUACAGAUGGAUAACAGAUAAGAAUUUAGUGUUUACUUAAAGAAUACGUUUGGUUUUACCAUAGUAUUAAUGUUAUCUUAGUUAUAGUAGCCCAUUUUUUAGUUAUAGUAGCCUACUAUUUAGUUACAGUAGCCAACUAUCUAGUUGUAGCAGCCACUAUCUAGUUACGGUAGCCUAUUAUUUAGUUACAGUAGCCAACUACCAACUAACUAGUUACAGUAGCCAACUAUCUAGUUGUCGCAGCCACUAUCUAGUUACGGUAGCCCAUUAUUUAGUUACAGUAACCAACUACCAACUUGUAUGAUCAUGACCGCUCGGAGGCUGGAGCCUUGCUACCUAUAAUAAGGCUGCAGCCCCGUGAUGAGGUUCCAUAAGUCGAGGUGAGUACCAUCGUUGACUUCCGUGAUCUAGAUCAGUAGCCGAAUCGAACUCGUCAGGUAGAGCCGCUGCCCCUUCAGCGCUUCGGCGAAGUUUCCUCUUCUCGGCACGAAACACACCUGGUGGCUUGGACCCAUCUUCCGACCUCUUGGAUCCAUCAGCCUUUCUCUCAACAUGCUCCAGCUGGAGUAUGGCGCCCCCAGAAGCACUUCAUCGUCAAUUCGAAGUCUCUCUUCAUAGGAUCCUUCACUUCUGA